AUGCAGCAUCACGACAUGUCGGCUCCAUCCAAAAAGCCACAAUACACACUUGCUGUAGUUGGUUUUCGAAAGUGUGGCAAAACCGCCUUGAUGAGGAGGUUGUUGUUUGGGCUGAGCGAUCAUGAUGAAUUCUUUCGCAAAGAAUUAAAAAAUAUCAACAAUCCAAACCAGUGCACUACUGUUGGAGAUCAAUGGGAGAAAUUACAAACUAGUCUCGAAAACAAGAAUGGACUCUUCAUUUCCAUCUUAGCUUUGAAGAAAUUGUGUAGCACUACAUCAAAUACUCCAAACUUUGAUCCGUUCUAUCGAUUUCCGAAAUUAAUGAAUGACCGUUGGAAUAGUGAUUUACUUUUGAAUUUAUUUGAUAUGCCUUCUUUCAAAGGAGGAUUUCAGAAAACGGUGAUGAAGGGUUUAUCAUUAUCGGAUGGAGUGAUAUUUAUGAUUGAUUGCGGAAUGUUGGCAAAUUAUUGGAAAACACGUCACUGUUCCAAGAAAAACUUGGACGACAUUUGGAAUAGAAUAGUUACAGAGUCACUCCAUUUCGUUUAUGCAUAUGGAAAUAUGAACGAUCUCAUUGUUGUACUCAACAAGAUGGAUCUCGUUUCAUAUUCCCAAGAGUUUUUUAUAUUUGUAGAAAGACGAAUUUAUUCAACUUUGCAAGAAAAGUGCUGUUCUUUUGGUAUGAUUCGUUCAAUUUCCAUAAUACCAAUAUCAAUUUUGGAUGAAGAAAAUAUUGAAAAUACAUCUAAUAUAAUGAAAGAGUGGAAAUCAAUGAACUUACUACAAUGUGUUAGGAAUUUAAAAUCUCCAGCAUGGAAACCAUAUGCUCCUCUUCGAAUGAUUCAUCACCGAACAUAUUCAUGUAUGGUCUUGGCACAGUUGUAA